AUGUCAUUUUUUGAGAAGCUCUACUCAACACAUUCCGCAAACAUUUCAGCAAUUGGAGGACCGGGAAUAUUUGGAAAAAUUGGAACACCAAAUUGGUUCUAUGUUUCUCAUUCUCAACCGAUUGAUUUGAAAGUUGAGAUUUCUUCCAGUAAGUAGAAAAAAAAAUGAUCCUCGUUUUCAAGUUUAUGGAAAUCUCUGGUAAAUGUUAAUAGUAUCACAUUUUUCAGCCAAAACUGGGAAAAUAAUCAAUCAUAUGCAAGAAUUCAUACAACAUAAAUCGGUCACAAUAAUUUUUUUCGCUUGUGAAACACAAACAGAUGAAUUGGAAAUUUUUAUUGGAUUGAGAGAAUGUUAAAGUUGGUGGAACUUUGAAUGGGUUGUCGAACAAAGUCCAAGCGGCAAAAAGUGAAAUAUCAGUGACAACUGUUGGAACUUUGAAUGGUUUGUUGGACAAAGUCCAAAAGGCAAAGAGUGAAAUAUCAGUGACAACUGGUCCGAAUAUGAGAUCGGAACCAUCAUUCUCACAACUAUCGGAUAGAACUUGGGCAAAUUACGAUCGAGAAGUCACAUUUUCCAAACAAUGCAACAAUGGAAUGCGAAUUGAAACAAGUUAGUUUUUUUCCAUCCAAAGUUCAUAAUCAUAAUGACUCUAUUCAGAAGAAAUUCGAAUUGCUUGGUUUUUUGGCGGGGAAAAAAAUAAUAGAAAGUGA